AUGGGGGUGGAGUGUGCAUGUGAGGAGGACCUGAACUGUGUGAGGGAGCGCUGGUCUGAGGCCCUCAUCAAACGACGAGAGUACCUGGACGAACAGAUCAACAAGAUCAUCAACAAACAGGAGAAGUCAGAGGAGGACAUGGAGAGGGAGGCCAGGCUGGUGGAACAGUGGGUAGGGCUGACUGAGGAGAAGAACGCUGUACUGGUGCCCGCGCCUGGCAGUGGCAUACCUGGUGCCCCUGCCCACUGGGCUCCCUCUGCUGGGAUGGAAGCUCACAUCCCUGUCCUCUUCUUGGACUUGAAUGUCUCUGGACCAACGCUGCCGGGGUUAAACUCUAUCCUGCCCAAGGAGCAUGGCAGCCAAUUCUUCUACCUGCCCAUCAUCAGACACAGUGAUGACGAGGUGUCAGCGAUGUGCUCCUGGGACUCAUCCAUCCACGACUCUGCGCACCUGAACCGCGUGACAUCACCCAACGAGCGUAUCUACGUGAUCAUUAAAGCCACUGUGCAGCUCAGCCACCCUGCCUCCAUGGAACUGGUGGUCCGAAAGAGGAUUUCUGUCAACAUCUACAACAAACAGAGCUUCACCCAGAGUCUGAAGAGAAGGAUGUCCUUGAAGAACAUGCUGUACUCCUGUGGAGUCACUUAUGAGAUUCUGUCUAAUAUACCAAAGGUAAACAGCUUUACUGUUACUGUGUGA